UUCGUCAUCAUGGUCCUAGAGCCGUCCCCCAUCCUGCAGCCACUCAACAAGCAAUCACCGUGUCUCAGAGUAAAUGCAGCCGUGUACCUUGACGUUUUCCCAGGCAUUAUCGACCAACUAUUAAUGUCCUGAUUCAGAUAUAAAGAUGGCCUCUCCUCAGCCUGGCAGCCCACCUCUUGCAGAACAAUACACCCCUCCUGCACAGGAAGAAGAGAGCCAGCAAGAUGAAGAGCUGGUGAGGGAUCAACCUGCAAAAAAACGUGGCAGAGGCAGGCCUCCGAAAGCCAAACCUUCCGUCAAAUGCUCUGAGUGCACAGAGGCUUUCAGGAGUCUGUCGGCUUUGCAGAGCCACAAGCUUUCAGCACAUGUAAAGGACCGUCAGCAGCAACACCCGUGUCCUCAGUGUGCUAAAACAUUCUCAAGCAAGGCCCAACUCUCAAAGCACGAGCGCACUCACUCAGCACAGCGCCCCUUUCCGUGUCCCGACUGUCACAAGGCUUACAAGACGCCCACGGAGCUACGUAACCACAGCCGCUCUCACACUGGGGAGAAACCUUUCGUAUGCACAGAGUGUGGUAAGGCCUUUAUGCAAGCUAUAUGCCUGAGGAUCCAUAUGACACAGCACAGUGGAGAGCGUCCUUACUCUUGCCCUCAGUGCUCCAAGAGCUACCCCACCCUGUCUAAACUGAAGGUGCACAUGCGCUCUCACACUGGAGAAAAGCCAUACUUCUGUGCCGAGUGUGGGAAGAGUUUUGCCGACCCCUCUGUGUUCCGAAAACACAGAAGGAACCAUCAGGGCCACCGGCCAUACGCUUGUGACGAGUGCGGGAAAACGUACACGGAGCUGAAGGACCUGAAAAACCACGAGCGCUCCCACACUGGAGAAAAACCAUACCUGUGCUCAGACUGUGGCAAAGCCUUCUCCCGCUCCUCCUCUCUGGCCUGCCAUCAGCGUAUUCACUCCCAGAAUAAACCCUAUCAGUGUGAGCAGUGUAGCAAGGGCUUCACCCAGCUGUCCUCCUACCAGUCUCAUCUCCGCACUCACUCCGGUGAGAAGCCGUUCCUCUGCCCACAGUGUGGCAAGAUGUUUUCUGACCCUUCCAGUUUCCGCCGCCACCAGCGAGCCCACUUGGGUUUCAAGCCCUACCCCUGCGAUAAGUGUUCCAAGAGGUUUCGGCAGCCAGCUGAUCUGGCUGUGCAUGAACGUGUCCACUCUGGAGAGCGGCCUUACAAAUGCCAGAGCUGUGACAAGGCCUUCGUAGCAUCCUGGGAUCUGCGACGCCACAUGCUUGUGCACACGGGUCUCAGGCCCUUUUCCUGCACCGAGUGCGACAAGUCAUUUGCUGAGCGCUCCAGCCUCAACAAGCACCGGCGUGUGCACUCUGGGGAGAGGCCUUUCAAAUGUGAGGAGUGUUUGAAGUCAUUUGUGGUGUCCUCAAGCCUGCGCAAACAUGAGAGAACUCAUCUAGCAGAGCACGCUGAGCAGCAGCAGCAGCAGCAACAACAACAACAACAACAACAAGAGGAGACAGAGGCCGGGUCAGCUUCAGGCUUUCCUGCCCACACAACUCUACCUCAGUUCUCCUGUACUCACUGUGAUGCUACAUUUGGAAGCUGGGAUGAAGUUCAGGCACAUGAAAAUCUUCACUCCAUCGAUUCUGCUCCUCCAACUGUUACCAAAAUCGUGCCACUGGGCUCACACGUCUGUGAAACCUGCCAGGCAGAGUUUGCACAGCUGGCGGACUUGCAGGAGCAUGAGAAGCAGCAUCCCAAGCUGAGGCCUCAUGUCUGCAACAGCUGCGGCAAAGGCUUCCUCAACAAAUCUGGACUGCAUAAACACCAGAAGAUCCACUCCACCAGCAAACCUCACAGCUGCUCCCACUGUGGCAAAGCUUUUCUGUUUGCUGCUUAUCUUCGCAAGCACUUACGGACUCAUGCAAACGCUGCCCCAGCCGCCCCGCAACUCGGUGACAUAAACAUUAUUCACACUGACCCUCUCCCCGCUCCCCCACCCCCCACUGAGGUUUCCCCCUCCACUGUUGAAUCCGGCACCAUAUCUCUGACAGUUCCAGUGACUGUACCCGUGACUGCUUUUCGGACUCUGCCAGAGUGCUUAGUCAAGGAAGAGGGACUUUAAUUUUUUUUUUCUUUGACUGUUUUGGAAUUUUGAUUCCACAAAUAUAUAGCCAGCGGCCUUAAAUCUUUUUAGAUGAUGGGUCUGAUUUUGACAGAAGUGUUAUUUUUCAAAAGAAAUGUUCAAAAUAGAGUUUCCCUCAUGCAAAUUACAAGCGCUUUGUCUCAUGAUAUUCGAAAGAUGUUAUGUAUAAUGUUCAUGUUUUAAAAUAUACAGUAUACUGUACUAUAACUAGCCUACUAUGAAAUUGUCUGUUGUAAUGUUUUCAUGAAAACGUGGUGUUAAACAUUUAUGCUGAUCACUUUAAAAGUUCACUUAAAAUGUUGUGAUUUCAGAUAAACAUGUUUUUAUAAUGUGUUUUUAAUUACAGCUUGUCUUAAAUUCAUUUUACAUUUUGGUGGAACAAACUGUUUGUAACUGUUUUACUGUGUAUUAGUAUCGUCAAAUUAUCAUAUAAAUUGUCGAGUUAAAAAAAAGUGUCAGUGGUGUUCCAAAAUAUUAAAGCAGAAGAGUGAAGUUUUUAUACCAAUAAAUGUGUAAUGUGUGAAAAACGGUAA